AUGGCGGAUAUUUUCCCAACUGGGUACUUUGGGGCCAAGAACGCGUUUGGGCUGUUGCCCGGUGACCUAAAGGCGGAGGAGGCGACGGUGGUGGUGGUUGGUUGUGGCCCCGUGGGACUGUGUGCGGUCGUGAGUGCUUUGGAGUACAAGCCUAAGCAUCUGUUUGCUGUGGAUUGCGUGGAGAGCAGACUUCAGUUGGCGAAGGAGUUGGGAGCGGAGCCGUUGAAUUUUGCGGAGGUUGAGAAGGGCGGGGUCGGAUUGGAGGGCAUGGUGAAGAGGGUUAAGGAGGUGACAGAGGGGAGAGGGGCGGAUGCGGUGGUUGAGGUUGUCGGGAGCAGGCCGGCGCUCAAGACGGCGUAUGAGCUUUUGAGGCCGUUCGGAGUGAUUAGCAGUAUUGGUGUCCAGGGAGCCUAUGAUCUGCCGUGGACAGGUAAUGAUGGGUAUAACAAAAACUUGAGAGUACAGAUGGGCCGGUGCCCAGUGCGGUCCAUCUUCCCGGAGUCGUUGGAGGUGAUGGCUAGAAACCAGCACAAGUUUGGGCAAGUACUGAUCGGUGUGGUUCGUGCCAAAGUUGACCCAAAAUGCUGA